AUGGACCCUGUAAAUCCUAACCAGAAGGUUCGAUCUACACCACAGUAUGCGCUGUACCAACGGGAGAACUUCUGGAAAUCCAACGAGGGCGAAGUGCCAUUGUUCAAUACUGAGCCUGGUAAACUCGAAGAAUUAGCGAAGGAGAAACUCAGCCAGGGUGGCUGGUUUUAUGCCUCUUCCAAUGCUGGUCAGUCGCACACCCAUACCACAAACAGACAAGCAUUCUACCGACAUCGAAUCAUCCCGCGUAUGCUAGUAGACACCAACCAGCGCGACACUGCGACGGAGAUCUUUGGACAUAAGGUUCCUGCGCCGAUUGGAUUUGCCCCUGUUGGCAUCAACAAAAUUUACAAUCCACAAGGCGAGCUCCCUGUGGCAAGAGCUGCCGGCGCGUUGGGACUACCAUACUGUCUCUCGACCGCGGGGUCACAAAGCAUAGAAGAUGUUGGCCAGGCCAACGAUGAGGGUGUGAAAAAAGGUCGGGGAGAUAUUGGAACCGCUGCUGGUGGUGGAGAGAAGGGUGUGAGAUUCUUCCAACUCUACAUGCCGCACGAUGACGAGCUCACUCGCUCGCUUCUUCAACGUGCCGUGGACAGCGGCUUUACAGCUUGCAUCCUGACACUUGACACUUGGCAGCUGGGAUGGCGACAUGACGAUGUCGCAAAUUCAAACUAUGCGUUCUACCAUGGAAUCGGUGCAGACCUGGGAUUGACUGACCCUGUCUUCCAAAAGAGGCUGAAGGAAAAAGGCAUUGAUCCCAAGACACAGCCCAACGAAGCUGGUGCGCUGUGGAUAGACAAUGUAUGGCACGGACGUGCGCACACCUGGGAAAAGGCUGAAUGGGCGAUGAAGUUGUGGAAAGAGCUCAGCGGGGGCAAGCCAUUCUCUCUGAAGGGUAUCCAGAGCGUGGAAGAUGCAAAGAAGGCUGCUGAUCUGGGUUUUGACGGCAUCGUAGUCAGCAACCAUGCAGGAAGGCAAGUUGAUGGCGCGGUUGCCAGUCUUGAUUCACUUGAAAAGAUUGUCGAUGCUGUCGGUGACAAGAUAUACAUCAUGUUCGACUCGGGCGUCCGCUCCGCAUCUGACGUCUUUAAAGCGCUUGCUCUGGGUGCAAAGUUUGUAUUCGUCGGCCGGUUGUGGAUCUGGGGUCUCUCAAUCAUGGGCGAGACGGGAGUAAACCAUGUUAUGCGCGGGCUACUGGCUGACCUCGAUAUUCUGAUGAGUGUUGGAGGGUUCAGGAACAUUGGGGAGAUCACAAAAGAUUCACUGGAAAGUGGGCCGAAGAGUUACCCGCUUAUGCAUACUGCUAGCAAACUGUAG